UAACCUAGCUUGUGAAGGACGGUUUAUACAGGGGUCGCUGGAGUAUAGGACGUGUCAAACUACAAAAAUAAAUAUCUUAGGUUAUCUUCAGCCAACAUUUUCAUAAUGCAGAGCAGCUUGGGUUUUCAGAUCAUUGUCCUCAUACUUCCAAUAACCUGUGCAGCUAUUCGCGUGUCUCUACCUGAGCAAUUCCCAUAUUCAUUUGACUACUCAAUUACUCUAGCCACUCACUAUCACAGUCCAAGUCAUGGCGGAACAAGAUCACGAAUCAGAAUCUAGCACUACCCCUUUAAAUAUGUCUCUUCCUAGUCGAAAGAGAGCCUCCGUAAUCCGAAGGAUACCUGAACCGGAGGAGACCAAAGACACGGAAGACGAGGCAGACGUCAUAUUAAAUAGCCAGAUGGGCCUCUUGAAGCGGCGUCCCGACCGAGAGGAGCUUGACGAAAUACUAUCGGCUCCAUUGUUCACAUAUCCCGUAUUAAAGCAUGCCGAGACCUUGGCUACCACUUCCUCCAAGACCCCUUUUUCUCAGUAUGCUCUCUUUGCUGGAGAAGCGCACCGACUUCAACACGCGUCAGUCGGAGAUCCUAGAAUAUUCUAUAACGUUUCCACGCCCUCUAGCAUAUUCAUAUGCGGUAGCCAGGGUUCGGGCAAGAGCCAUAGCUUAUCUUGCAUGCUCGAGAAUUGUCUAAUACCUUCGUCACGGCUUGGUCGUCUUCCCAGUCCUCUGACUGGUAUUGUCUUCCAUUACGAUACCUUUAACUCCGAAUCCGGCGGAACACCUUGUGAGGCAGCAUACCUUGCUAGUAAUCUCGAUGUAAAGGUUCGAGUUUUAUGUUCACGGACUAACAUUAGAACUAUACGGGAUACAUAUAAAGCUCUAGACGGAGUUACCGUUGAGGAAUUGAGACUAGCGGAAACAAAUCUCAACACCCAGCGUAUGUUGGAGCUUAUGGCAUUUGGUGAUCGAAGUCCACCACUUUAUAUGCACGUUAUUCAGAGAAUCCUUAGAGAAAUGAGGAUCGACCAACAGAAUGCAGGAUCGAAUUUCGAAUACGCAGACUUUAAACGAAGAUUGGAAUACGAAAGGUUAACGCCCGAUCAAAUGCGCCCUCUCACGCAACGACUUGAGACGUUGGAAAGCUUUAUGGCCUCUCCUACCUCUAGACUCAGAAGCCAGUCAGCAUGGAUGUCUAGGAAAGAUACUCCAAAGCCCGGAGAUACUGAUUGGACGCCCGAGGCCGGGCAAUUGAUUAUCGUGGAUCUCUCAUGCCCAUGCGUUACAUCUACGAUGGCGUGUUCCUUGUUCAAUAUUUGCCUUUCAAUAUUUCUUGAGCAGGAAUCUUCCAUUGGUCGCGUAAUCGCCCUUGAUGAAGCACAUAAGUAUAUGGGCGACACGGCCGAAUGCGAAACAUUAACGAAUAAUUUGCUCUCAGCUAUUCGACUACAGCGUCACUUAGGCGCCCGAAUUAUCAUCUCGACGCAAGAACCCACCAUAUCCCCGAAACUUUUAGAUUUAUGUAGCAUUACUAUUGUACACCGCUUCACUUCACCUAGUUGGCUUGGCAUAUUAACGAAACACUUGGCUGGGAUUUCGGCGUUGUCAAAGGUUACCAAGUCCAAUACUACGAAUCAAAGGGACAGGCAACAAGAUAGGAACGAAGUGUCUACCGAUACGCGAGACACGGUCAUUUCGUCGGAUGACUCGAUCUUGAUGCUCUUCUCCCAAAUCGUUGAGCUUAAAACAGGGGAAGCCUUGGUAUUUGCCCCUAAUGCAAUGAUUUCUUCAGGGGAGCGAAUUAUUCCGGGAGAGGAGAUGAUCGGCGCAUUCAACCGACAAGCUCAUCAAGUCAUGCGCAUUAUUGUAAGAUCUCGUAUUACUACAGAUGGAGGUCAAAGUGUUAUGGCUGUCUAGAUCAAUACUUAGGUGCUACAUUGGGUACUUUCCUAUUUUAUUCACCUGAUAUCUCUGCUAUCAUAUCCU